GCAACACUCUUAGUAGUUGCAGGCAGGCUUCCUUUAACCAUCGACUCGUGGGACUUUCAGUUGGUGCGUGUGUGCAGCGAGUGUCACUCUGUGUCUGCUUUUUUUAUGCAUGAAGAGGAUGCCAAGUUCCAGAACACACUUCAUUAACCUGCUUUGGUUGCAACUAAUCUUUUCUAUGGAUCUCAGGGGAGGCUGCUUGGACACGGUUUUGCAGCCCCUGAGCCCGAGCAUUAGUCAUCCGCGGGUCAACAGCGACGGGCGAAGCCUCUCUGUGAGCUGGCGGGUGAACCACAGCAGCUUAGUGGGCGACGUUUACGAGAUCCAGAUCGGCCGCGCUGAAAGCCACGCCGUCAUUUACACCAGCAAUCUGAGUUUAUCGUCCGUGGAUUCCGAUGAAUACGCAUGGACGUGGACCUCCGAUGUGCCUCUGGAGUGUGUGGAUCACUCGGUCAGGGUGCGACAGUUCUAUAACCGGUCCGUCCCGAGUCCCUGGAGCGACUGGGUGACCAACUAUGGAGCCCAGGCACGUCAGGAUAAGACCCAGAUCUUCCCGUCCCAGCGGGUGCUGAGGGAGCACACCAGUGCCGUGUUCUGCUGCGUUCCCCCAAGAGGAGUCGGUGUUACCGGCAUGGCCUUCAAUAACAGAGGAUACCCUCUUUACAGCGUAGGGGCCACUGGAGUCAAGGCCAUAACUGUGCAUAACCUGACCAUCCCAACAACAUCCAUCAAGGAGCUUUUACUCUCCUGCAGCGACGCAAGAGGCAAGAUCAAUCACACCCGGAACUACAUAAGUUUUCCUCCCCAGAGGCCCGGAAACCUCCGGUGCGCCACCUCAGACAUGGUUACUGUCAUCUGCACCUGGGAUUCAGGCAGACAACGACACCUGGACGAUGGCAACAAACAAAAUCACACUCUCCACAUAGAGAACUCAGACCAGAAUCCCAUCAGGUGUAAGCCGUUGUCUUGUUCUUUCCCGGCCGUCCCGCAGCGGGAAGAAUACAACAUCAGUGUGGUGGUGAAGGACCAGCUGGGAGAGGAGACGGAGAGCUACAGCUUCAACAUAUCUGACAGAGUGUCUCCUGUGGUGGUGGUUGUCAGGGUGAGCCCUGGGGUGUCACACUCCACUGUGUCCUGGGUCGUCCGAGGCAACUUGACCCGACUGAACCUCCUCUGUGAGGUCACCACAGACCCGGACAGCAGCACUCAGCUGAUUUGCAACAAUGCAAGCGGUCACUGCGAAGUCGAACUGGAACAUCUGCUUCCCAACACCUGCUACUCUGCGAGGGCACGCUGCUCUGCCGGCGGCAGGCUCAGGGGAGAAUGGACACAGCCCAUAUCCUUCACUACCUAUCCGAUGGUGACCUUGGAUGUAUGGAGGAGAAUAAAGCAGCUGUCCGACCCGAACACUCGUCAAGUCACUCUAUUGUGGACUCCACAUGUUCCCGGGUCAGCAGCCACCGUGAACAUCCAGGGCUACGUAGUUCAGUGGUCCCAGGGAGGCCAAAACCGGACCGAGUGGAAGGACGGCGGACAAACCCAGGCGGAGGUCUCCAUUGAUGCGGGACAGCAUGACUUCACUGUCCAGGCGGUUGUCCUCACCGGCUCCACCGUCCCAGCUCACAUCACCGUCCCUCAGAGGGAUGACGGAGAAACCCUCCCAGCGAAGAAGCGGGUCAGCAGCAACACGGCCGCUGGGUUUAACCUGUCCUGGGACGACGCGGACACCGCCACCUGUGGCUACACUGUAGAGUGGUGCAUCUUGGGACACGCAGUACCAUGUACCGAUGCGGUGUGUUGGGUGAAAGUGCUGGAGGGAAACAACACACUGGUCCUACCUGCUAGACAUUUCAAAGCAGGUUGUAGGUAUACAUUUAAUAUCUAUGAAUGCACAGAAAAUGGACACAGACUACUGGAGGCGCAGACUGGAUACUCACAAGAGCUCCAAUCUGUAAAGUCCCCGAGUUUGGUUGAACCCGUUCAGAGCACAUCAUCCUCGGUGACGCUGGAGUGGAGCUACGACGAGGACGAUCCGGCCCACCCGGCAUUCAUCACGGGUUACCUGGUUACAGCACAGGAAGUCGGGUCUGAUCAGUUCAACGUGUCCGUGGCGGACCCCCGCAGGAAGUCAGUGACCAUAGAGGGUCUGCAGCAGAACCAAGAGUACGCUUUCUCUGUGAGCGCGCUCACUAAGGAGGGGCCUGGAGAACCAACCAGUAUCACCAUCGGGACCAGAACCAACUAUGCUGCUCACCUGGCCAAGGUACUGACUCCCAUCCUGUUACUGCUGGGCUGCAUCGUUCUCAUGUGGCCUCAAAGGAAAAUGCUCAGGAGUGGGCUGAAGGAGAUAUUUGCUUAUCCUGCUGGUAUGAACAUCAAAACCCCGGAGUUAGACGGCUUCCUGCACAAGACUGCUGAGCGGCUGCGGUCCCAGCAGGCGGAGGAGUGCAGCAGCUGCGACAUAGAGAUCCUGAACACCAGACCUCCUCUGGACGAAACCACCGCACUGAGAGAUCCGGAUCCCGGUUCCCAGUCCUCCCCCUCAGCCCGGUCACUGCUCCAAGCAGACUACUGUCCGCAGUCGGUCCCGGCGCUCUGGGGCGGUCCGGCCCUUCAGCCGAUCGCAUGCGUCACCAACGAGACUUAUUUGUACACCGGGGAGGAUUUGUCUGAGGCACAAGAAGUCCCGUUCACUGGAAUCCAAUCAAAGUUUGAGUCAGCUAGUGUUCUAUAUGCUUAUAUCUCCAUUGAUGGGUUCAAAGUUAAAGACCAAACCCAAACCUGCUGACAUGCUUCUAGAGUUUAAAGACUGUAAAUAGAUGCUUUGUUCAUUAGCAA